AUGAUCCAACUCAAAACCACCCUCCUAGCACUCCUCAGCAUCUCUCAAACCACCGCCGAGUGCACUCGCGACUCCCUCCUUCUCGCAGCCCAAACCUACAUCUCCACCCAAACAACCGGCACGCUUUCUACGCUGGCCCUCUCCCAAAACUUCACGUACCGCGAAAACAACAAAAUCAUCGACCUCAAAAAAGGAAUCCUAGUUUCGCCCCUCAAAAUCACUUUUAACCGCUCCACAGCCGACACUACAGCGUGUGCUAGCUACACAAACCUCAUUGUGUUAACCCCAAAACCUUAUGUCAUAUCCACUCAAAUCAGACAUGACAGUGGGACAGGGAUUAGCAUGAUCGAUUCCAUCGUCGCAACGACUAAAGAUUUAUUUUUCAACGCCACACUCACACAAUCUUACCUCCGCGCCGAAAACUGGGGCGUCCAAACCGCACCCGUAAACCGCGAUCUCUUAAAGCGCGUAGGCGACGCAUAUCUGGAUAUGUGGACGGAUGCCAAAGCCGCGGAUUCCAUACCGUGGGGUACUGAUUGUGAGAGGGUUGAGGGGAGUAAAUUGACGAGACCGUGCGGUGGACAGCUACCGCAUGGUGGAAGUACGAAACCGAAUGGGAUGAGGCGGUAUGUGAUUGAUGAAUUGGUGGGGAGCGUGGAUGUGCUUUGUGCGUUUGAUUCGUUGGGGAAUAUGCCUGAUUCGCAUGAGAUUAGGGUGGAGGGGGGGAAGGUCAAGUAUGUGCAUACUGUUACGGUGCUUGCGUAG